AUGAAAUUGGUCACGACGUUUGGGUUCACUUUGCCCCUCGCAGCAACACGCACCUGGCUCUACCUAACAUCAACAAUCGCAACCUUCUUCAUUCUCAUUCCCAUUUCACUAAUCGCGUACCACGUGUACUACACCACAUUGAUCCCCGAUACCCACUCGCCAUCAAUCCCAUUGGACUUUAUCUACACCAAAAUUACAACCCCGGUGAAGUCAUUGCAAUUUGGCAACAGUUAUUUCCCGCAAAAGCAUGUGCAUCUAUCUAACUCCAUUGAUCCACAAUCGAUAACAUCAGAAGAAAGCAUCAAUGGCGCUGUGUCAACAUUCACAUUCGAUAAGGAUUCACUAUACACAUUCAAGCUCAACUUGGCCCUCUAUUGUAAUCGACAAUUUGCCUACGACACGAGUAUUCACACGGUGUACUAUAGUUUACAACUGGAUUUGAAACCAACUGAGGAAACCGGAGAUGGAUGGAGCUAUGGAAGUGAUAAACCCGUGUUCAAGUCUGGGUCAUUCGUGUUGGACUGUGAUCCAAACAUGAGCCAUGUUAUUCGAAAUAAAUAUAUCCCGCAAGCAUUACGCAAUUGGGUCCCACCCAUGUUUAUCGAUUAUCGGAAAUAUAGGACUAUUGAAAUUGAUGCUUUUGACAUAUACGGAUCAGGGUUGUUACAAAAUGAACAAACGAACAGCGGAAAAGACAACGACAACGAGAAGGACAAUGCCAAACGCAUUGCUAAUUCUCCUUCCACAUCGUCGCCAACUACUUUCAAUUUAAUCCUACAGAGUCCAGAAGAAUCACAAUACCAACUGCUACGGGUGUUCACUAUAGACCCUAGUGCAAGUUAUGCUCAAUUCUCAAUGCGAUUGACGGGGUUUAGAUACUUUAUGGCAAAGUAUUUCUUUACGUUUUAUUUCAUUGGCAGUUUGGUAUUUUAUCUCAUUUGUUGUGGCUUUUCAUUCAUUACUGGGUAUGGAAUCUUAUUUACGAGACGGAGGCCAACAAGCACCCCAAGAAGGUGA